UGCAUGGCAAAAACCUAAAAAUAGACUAGAGGAAGCAAAACACCUCUUAAAUAUAGAAUAAUCCAAAAUACCUUUUAAAGCUCUUUAAAUAUCCAGAAUCCGUUUUGAUUGUUCUUGUUAAUACUUACGAAAAGAGAGAAAAUAAGAAAAACAUCUCAAAAAAAGAUGAAAAUGGUCGAAAGGAUCUUUCUCCUUUUCCUCUCCAUCGUCGUCACGGUUGUCAUCGCCGGAAAAGCUCCACCACCAACAUUCACCGAGACUGGCAAAGCCUUGGCAGAAAAACUAUGCGAAAAAUCUGAAGACAAAGCGUUUUGCGUUUCGAGCCUAACCUCGCGUCACGAAGCAGAAACCGCAACCGCACCAAAACUAGGCGUGAUUGCGUUAAGUGUUGCGUCUACAAACGCUUCAGACACGUCUCUCUACAUCAAAUCGAAAUUAAAACAGAAGAACCUCGAGCCCGCGUUGGAAGACACGUUAGAUGAUUGUUCUAAGAAUUACUUAGACGCAGUCGCACAGCUAGAUGAUUCACUCGCCGCUUUGCUGGCAAAUGCGUACAUCGAUGUUGAUAUUUGGCUUAAUACGGCGAUUAGCGACGGAGAGGCUUGUGAAGACGCUUUGAGUGAACGUGCUGGUAAUGACGCUGAGCUUGCUCGUAGGAACACUAACUUCUUGAAGCUUUGCAAGGACGCUCUUCUCAUCAACACUAUUUUAACUCCAUAAGUUUAUUGUUACGACUAAUUAAUUACUUUGUAUUUGUUUGUCGUAAUUUUCUAUAAAUUGCUUUUAGAAAAAAAAAUCUAUAAAUUGGU